CAAGUUAGCAGAAGCAACAGGUAUUCAGGGUAAAUACGACAGCACGUGAACUGCAUCUCAGUCAACGACGUAGGGCACAACGAGUUUUGAUUAUCCCGCCACUCGAAAGCCGACGCGCGAAAUAGCCGGAAGUCCUUUCUGCUCCUAUUUCCGUUGAGCUCAUCCCUCUCCCCUCGACCUUCGCUGCCUCCACUCUCAGCUUCAUAGGGGUCUCUCGUUUCGUAGUGGUUGCCCUCUGCUGCUCUCUGCGCACCGCACCGCCGUCUCCUCUACCCUCCUUUCCUCCUUCUCCUUCCCGUCAGCCUCCGCUCCCGGAACGGAAGGGGGGCGAACCAGGCGGCCGUUCGGUAUGGGGCAAUCCUGGCGUCGUCGUCGUCAUACACCGCCGUCGCUGCAUUCGAUCUGCGUUCAUCACACAACCACGUUGUCGUCGCCGCGGCUGGGCGACCGGCCAUGCUUGCCGCUGCCUCUUCGUGAGCGGACCACGAGCUGACCUCUCGGGGCCCGAUCGAGACGUGCAGCCGUAAGAUGAAAUGACAAGUCGGACACUAUGGACAGUGAUGCGUCCCAGCGCUCCUUCACCAGCCGUUGGGCUUCUCCUUACGGCGUCGCUCCUUUCCGGCCUGACGCCGUGUGCCUGGUGCUGCCUGCCUGGUCUGCAAGAUUACGACGUUUGCUUCAACAUCUUCUUGGAGCGCGACUUUCCCCUGGUGGAAGCCUUCCUGCUCAACAGGGCGUUCGGAUCUCGGGGCAGGGUGCUUGUGGAGCCCGGGGACCUGGCCACCAUGUGCGACGGCUUCGGAGAGCUGCUGGAGUGCUACGCCUUCCACUACCUCAACUGCGCCGACUUGGCCGGGGUGCGGCGCGAAUACUUCGAGCGGCUCAUCAAGGCCAUGGUCUCCUCUUUCCAGCUGCUCUGCGCCACCGACCGAACCGUGCUACAGAACCUCUUCUACGACGGCCACUGCAUCGGCUCCGUAUCCGACGGGGCGGGCGACUGCCGGACGGCCAACUUCGACCUGGCGACGGCGUGGAAGCGCAUCUUCCGCUUCCUGGCCACGCAGCGGGACUGCAGUGACCUGGUGCGCCACACGCGCUGCCUGGUGCGAGCGCUGAGCUCGUCCGCCUGCCGACCCGAGGCCACCGCCGCCUACAACACGACGGCCAUCGACUUCCUCUUCGUCUUCUGCCAGCAGGACUUCUCGACCAGGAGCACCGCCUCGUCGGUCAGCCUUUGCUCUCCAUCGGCUAGGAACGCCGUUGCAGUGAUAGUCGGCAUUCUCACCGUGUACAGACUUUGGCGCUAGAACUGUGGCCCACUCAAGACCUGCGCACCUUCGCGGGACUCGGCGGUGUUGUUGUGCGCCGUGCUUGUAUUCUUUCAUUCUGGUUUUGUUUCUGCGUUUUACGUGGCAUAGAAAAAAAGCAAGGUUAGGUCAUUCAUCCACGCACAAAGACCGCCAGCGUCCUGUGGCGUUCGCAAAUCAUUUGUUGUUGAGAUAUGCGCAAGAAAUUGUCUCUUCACGAAAUGAUCGCCUCUUGUUAACAAUACUUGAAGCUAGGGGACUCCUAAUAAAUGAACUUCAGAGUACAAAACAAUA